UCUCAAACACAAUAAGCUACGAUUUUGGAGCAAUGGAAUCUGAUAGUAAUUUGAGCUCUUCUACGUGCAAUUUUUCUAUUGCUAAACUAUCAUCUACCAAUAAGGCAAAUGAAGAAUGUCUCGACUCUUCUAGAAACACCGUCAAACAUUCUUCAGAAUCAGAAUUCACAUUUCUUGAAGCAGAUUCUUCAGGCGAUUUGGAACAAUCUAAUAAUGAUGAUAGUGAAUAUAAUAUUGAUAGUGAAGACAUUUCAUACAACAAUCCAGGAACUUCAAAUGAUGAAAGCUCUGCAUCCGAUUAUGAACCAACUCAACUCGAUAAUGCUAACAUGGAUGAUGAUACUUCAAAAAUUGACUCAAUGGACGACGAUGAUAUUAUAAAACCUAGUUCAUCAAAACAAAAGCCUAAUAAAAGAGCUAAACAAAUACUUGCCAAAAAUUAUGCGUGUGAUUACCCCGGAUGUACUGCAACGUUUUCGAGGCCUUGGAAGUUAUCUGCCCACCACUGCAGGCAUACUGGUGAAAGGCCGUUUAUGUGUUCUAGAGUUGGUUGCACAAAGAGCUACACCAACCCAACUCAUUUGCGUAGGCACGAUCUCAAGGUUCACGGAGCUAAGAAUCCAGAAAGUGACACUAAACGAUAUAAAUGUACGCAUCCAAAUUGCUGGCUCGUUGAUCAUCCAGGCUUUUGCACUGUACCAGGACUAAGAAAGCAUGAACAGAGACAUGAAGUUCUAGAUAAAAAUGGCCUUGUUUGUGCAGAUUGUAAAAAGACUUUUCCCAGAUUGAAUGAUUUAAAAACACACAGAUUUGAGCAUGAUAACAUUCUACCUUUCAAAUGUGAUUACUGUGGAAAGGCAUAUAUUUCUAACAAAGAGCUACGGAAACAUCGUCGAACUCAUAGGCGAUAUAAGUGCCCAGUUCCUGGCUGUGAAUCUUUGGAAUUCGACACAUUCAAAGAACUUCAAAAGCAUAAAGUCAUACAUAAUAGCGUGAUUCGAUGCUCGCUGUGCGCGAAGGAGUUUGCGAUGCAGUGCCGGCUGCGCGUGCACAUGGAGGAGGUGCACCCAACUGAACCGAACGCCGCGCAUUGGCCGUGCACGCACCAAGGCUGUUCGCGCAUAUUCACGCGCCGUCGCAACAUGCUGCAGCACAUGCGUCAGAAGCACCAGGGCCAAGGCUACGUCUGCCCCUUCCAAGCCUGUCAUUUGAAAUUCGUUUGGAAGCAAAGUCUCACCAAGCACAUGCAACUUCACCUUAUGGACGGCUCCACGGUUGCUGAACAACCACAACAGAAAGAUAAAAGACCUCGAGCUAGAAGGAAGGAUGCUGACAUACCGAAAUCCACCACUGCUGAAUUACUGUCUAGUGUGAUUGUCGAUAAGCAGACUAAAGAUCAGCUCCUGAAUAAGGAUGAAUUCGACACCGAUGAGGAAAUCAUCGACCAGCUGACUGAAUCUCCUCCGCCGGGCUGUGCUGAUGAUGUGAGUUGAUGCUAAUUCAAGUAGAUGAAACAUUUGACUGAAUAUCAAAAUUAUUGUGAUAUCUUGAUGUAUAAGCUAUUACAAUUUCUCAUUAUUAUCAAUACAAAUGAUUUGAUAAGUUAAUAAAUUGAUAAGCCAUUUUAUUUAAUUAAAUAAGCCUGAGCGCUAAAUAUUUCUAAGAUUGAGCAAUUAACUCUAAUUAUUUCAGUUUUCUUGAAUAAAUUUAUUUCUCAAAUCUUUACACACUAUCGACAAUUUUUAUCGUUAUAAAUUUUUCGUGAGGAAUUUUAUAAAGUUUUAUCAAUCGGGAUCUUUUAUAUGUUUUUUACCUUUUUAAACCAAGUACAAUUUGGUUGAAUUCCGAUAAAUAUUGAUAGAUAAUAUGGAAUAUCAGGCAAAUUAGUGACUUACAGUGCAACUUUUAUCGGGACUUUUAUCUAAUAAUUAUUCUUUUCUUUUAAUAAUUCUUGAGAAUAUAAUCCAGUCUAUUUUGAUUUAACAUUUAUUUAAACAAAAUUUCCUGGUAAAAAAUUGUAAGGCUCUCAUAUUGGUGAAUUUUUUUUUAUCAACCUCAUCUACUUUACGAAUAAGACUUUCAAAUGCUGUCUCAUUGCAUGAUAAUCUUGAAAAUUGAUUUGUUGUUUCAAGCGCCUAUUUUUCAAUAUGAUUCAGAAUUGUUUACAAAACAGCAGGUUUACCAGUAUUCACAGCCUCUUCUCAGCUUCAGAUCCUCUUUCCAAAAUUUUCUCGCACGAUACAAAGUACAUUAUUAUUUAUAUUUAAAAUCUCAACCACUGUGUAUGGUGUUGCACCUUGAAACUCAUAGUGUAUCAACAUCUAUUGAACAUGUUAUGGAUACUCAGGACUGAAGAGAAUCAAUCAGAUAAGUCAAUACUUCUUCAAUCACGGUUAAUCACGGUCAAGUUUUAUAUUCAAUUGAGCUACAAAAAUAUUUUAAAAUUAUAUUAUUGGAAGUUAGUUCCAAUAAAUUGGAUAAGGAAAUACAAUAAAAUUGAAAUUCAUCCUCCAUAUCUAUCUUGAUCAUUCAUGAGAACUUUUCGUAACCAAACAACACAAGCAUGGUCAACCAUAACCUCAAAAGUCGAAUGCACUUCUCAUGCUAUUCCCCUCUCUCACUUUGUUCACUGCUUCAAGCACGGUCUAUAUGGUGUAAUUACCUCUUUCAGACUUCUUCUUGUGUUGUAAAAAAUUACUGAUAUGAAAAAGUAGGAAAUUAUUAUAAAUUUCUACCAAUGUUAGAGCUUUGUGGUUGAAUAAGUAAAGCAAGCAAAAUUGUAGGCUAUUAUCUUACUUGGGACUGCAAAAGAAAAAUGUUUAUUUUUAUUUAUUUAUUUUAUUUAAUGAUGAAGAUACAUUUGGACUAUAUUUUUCAAAAUUGUAUUAGAAAUUGUAAGGGUUCUUUUUCAAUGCGAAAUUGUGCUCCAUUCAGAAAUCGAAAACAUGCCCCAUCGCCAUCUUUUUUCUUUAACAUAACCUCAGUCAUUUAAACAAAUGAGUUUGGAACAAACUACCACACUAACAUGUGUAGUUGAAUGUGCUUGUUGAAUACACAAUCUCAGAUGACAGCUCAACUCAAAGCAUAUACAUUUAUUUAAUGCUUUUGUAAUGACAUGAACAUUUACUCACCUUGACAAAAAACACUUGAAGUGACGUGAAACUACAAUGGAAACAGCAAAUGAAACUGCCGUAAUGGCCGAUUAGAAGCAUUG